UUUCACUGACUUUCCACGCCCGGACAAGCCCAGUUGCCAGAGUUCGGUCACGUGAUCCCUGUCAUUUUCAGGAGAAGAAGAGCAUCCCACAAAAUUUUGGUUAGUCUAGGAAUCUUAAAAAGACAACAACAACAACCAACCACCUUUACGGUGGUUUAUAGACGCAAAACAGAGCGCAUGCGCCUUUGGGUGCCAACAACUGGCUUUCCACGUUGGGAAAAUUGCUUGGAUUACACAAUUGGCAGCGAGGAAACGGGGAGACAGCAGAAGCGCCGCCCCUUUAAAUACCUGCGCGGCCUUACCGCUGCAGAUUGCAUUGCGUUGCAUUAUAUUUGCCGUGCUUCGUGGAACAGAAACUGGGCGAGGCCGGAGGAGAAGGAUCGCUGCUUACGGAGGCUGGUGUGAUCUCUCGAGAUGGCGGCACAGUGUGUAACAAAGGUGGAACUGACUGUUUCUUGUAACAAUCUCCUGGAUAAAGAUAUUAGCUCCAAGUCAGACCCACUUUGUGUGCUACUUCAAUACACAAGUGGACAGCAGUGGUACGAGGUUGAUCGCACAGAAAGGAUCAAAAACAGUUUGAACCCUAAAUUUUCCAAGAAAUUCCAGAUUGAUUACUAUUUUGAACUGGUUCAGAAACUCAAAUUUGGGGUUUUUGACAUUGACAAUACAACUGUUCAGCUGAAUGACGAUGACUUCUUAGGAGAAUUUGAAUGCACAUUGGGACAGAUUGUUUCUAGCAAGACGCUUACCAGACCUUUAUUGUUAAGAAAUGGCAAACCUGCAGGAAAAGGUGUAAUUACGAUUAGUGCAGAAGAAAUAAAAGACAACCGUGUCGUCCUACUUGAAGCUGAAGCAAGAAAACUAGACAACAAGGAUUUGUUUGGAAAAUCUGAUCCUUAUUUGGAAUUUCACAAGCAAACGUCUGAGGGAAAAUGGGUGAUGGUGCAUAGGACAGAAGUUAUUAAAAAUAAUUUGAAUCCUGUCUGGAGACCAUUCAAAAUCUCUCUCAACUCUUUGUGUUAUGGCGACAUGGACAAAGCAAUCAAGGUUGAGUGCUAUGACUACGACAAUGAUGGAUCGCAUGAUCUCAUAGGGACGUUUCAAGCUACAAUGUCUAAAUUGAAGGAAGCCUCUCGACAUUCACCAAUUGAAUUUGAAUGCAUCAAUGAAAAGAAGAGGCAGAAAAAGAAAAGCUACAAGAACUCAGGGAUUGUGAGCUUUAAACACUGUGAGGUCAUCACAGAAUGUACUUUCCUUGACUACGUCAUGGGAGGAUGCCAGCUGAAUUUUACUGUUGGUAUUGAUUUUACUGGGUCUAAUGGAGAUCCUCGUUCUUCAGACUCCUUACAUUACAUCAGCCCCAAUGGAGUGAAUGAAUACUUGUCAGCCAUUUGGUCUGUAGGAAUGGUCAUUCAGGAUUAUGAUGCAGAUAAGAUGUUUCCAGCUUUUGGGUUUGGUGCUCAGAUCCCUCCUUCGUGGCAGGUGUCUCAUGAAUUCCCGUUGAGCUUCAACCCAUCAAACCCCUUCUGCAAUGGUGUCCAGGGUAUUGUUGAUGCAUACCGGGUCUGCCUUCCUCAAAUAAGAUUGUAUGGGCCCACCAACUUCUCUCCAAUCAUCAAUCAUGUAGCUAGAUUUGCUGCUGCAGCUUCACAGCAGAGAACAGCCUCCCAAUAUUUUAUACUGCUGAUUAUCACGGAUGGGGUGAUAACAGACCUCGAUGAGACCAGAUCGGCUAUUGUCAAUGCAUCUAAGCUUCCCAUGUCCAUCAUCAUUGUUGGUGUUGGAGGUGCUGAUUUCAGUGCCAUGGAAUUUCUGGACAGUGACAGCGGAGCUUUGAGAUCACGUUCAGGAGAGGCUGCUGUUCGAGACAUUGUCCAGUUUGUGCCAUUUAGACACUUCCACAAUGCUCCCAAGGAAGCUCUUGCUCAAAGUGUCCUGGCAGAGGUGCCACAGCAAGUCGUGGGCUACUUCAGCAUGUACAAAUUGCAGCCACCAAACAAGCCGUCAGCCAAGCAAGAACAGCAGAAGCAAGCAUGAAUCGCUCUGUGGGAAGUUUCUGUGCUGCCUGUCUGUGGUGUCUCUUGAUUGUGAUGCACAAUAAAAGCUUUUUCAUACAUUUUACAGAAAAGGCGCCAUGCUAAGAUAGCCUUUUCCUUUUUUGUUCUGAGUUGCCAACGAUGCUCUGUGUUUAACCCCAUUGCAAGUUGUCUAGCAUACAAGGUCUCCAACAAUAUAUACAGCACAUCCCAGAGCAGUAGAAACAUUUUUGUUACUUUGAAAUGAUAGUGUAACUUGCUGUGGGUGCUUAAUUCUUGCAUAUGCCCUAUGUUAAAUAUUCAAUCUUUUUUUUCAAACUUCAGAACCAUUAAGACCAGGGUGCUAAGUUCAGGAUAUUUAAGUAUCUUUCUUCAUCCCUCCUCCAUCUGCCUUUCUAUUUCUGAAUAUUUGCAAUUUGAUGAAACAGUAAACAUUUGAAAACUUUUGAGUAUCAUCUGGAGACUGGAACGGAAUUAUAUUACAAUUUACAGCUUGCUUUGUAGUAUUAAAUUGUUCUGACCCAGGCUUC